UUUGACCGUCGAUUAUUACAUCGACGGUCGAAAACGUGACUACUCGAGAUAUUUUGAAAUCUAUCGCUGCUUUUAUUUUCUUUUAAAGUUGUUGAAGAUAAAUCAGUCUGAGGACAAAGGGUGUUCAGUGAAAAAAGGUGAAGAAGCAGCAAUGGUGGAGAAGUCAGGAGGAGAAGUUCAUUUCCCAAAAUUGGAGAAACCAACAGGCAAGAAACAGACAGCGACGGUUGUUGUGGGAGUGUUGGCAGUGGGAUUGUUGGCGAUAGAGUUCGUGUUUAAGCCGUUGUUCAAGAAGCUGAGCUCAUCAAAGGACAAAUCCGAUUCCGACGAUGCCACCGCUCCUCCCCCGUCGGUCCCCUGAAUAUGGUCACAAUUUUAAAUAAUAAGCCUCUGCGGGAGAGAGAUGUCUUAAUGAAACUAAGCAAAUGUUGUGUUUCUUUUGUAAUAUCGUUCCGUUUUUACUGCUUCGACAAUGCUUUUAAUUUAUCGCCCUUUUCCCUUUUAAAUAAAAUCCCGACAGGGAAUAAUAAAAUCAAUGAGAUACGACGAUGUAAUUGGUUUUAUUUUCCUGAUUGUCUUGGGUUUUGUUGGUAAUAAAUAAUCUUUGCUUAAAAAAAAAUUCUUGUUUAUGAGUCA